UUAUUUCACAAAAGACUAUUCAACUCAGAAGAAUGCCCAACGCACCUUGAAGAAGUUUCUAGUCAAAUAUUGAAAAAGUGUGCUGGUUUACCAUUGGCAGUCAUUGCUAUAUCUGGUUUGUUAUCUAACAAGGAAAAAACAAAAGAUCAGUGGUGUCAAGUCGAAAGUUCAAUUGGCCGUGGACUAGAAAGAAAUCCUGCGUACCAUUGAAGCCAUGCUAAAGAUAAUAUCAAUCAGCUACUUCGAUCUCCCUCCUCAUCUCAAAACCUGUUUAUUAUACCUUAGUAUAUUCCCAGAAGACUCUUUUAUUGAGAAGAAGAUGUUGAUAAGGAGAUGGAUUGCCGAGGGAUUUAUUCAUAAAAAACAUGGAUACACACACUAUGAAGCUGGAGAGAUGUGUUUUAAUGAGCUAGUAAAUAGGAGUUUGAUCCAACCUAGAUUGGAGAAAGAUAAAUGGGAUGAGGUGAUAGUUUGUCGAGUUCAUGACACAAUACUUGAGUUCAUUGUAUUCAAGUCCAUUGAAGAGAACUUUGUAACCAUAAUUGGUGUACCUGGUAUAAAUUCAGACCAACAUAAGAAGGUUCGUCGAUUGUCUGUACAAAAUAGUGGUGAGAUACCGGUGGGUCUAAAUUUAUCUGCUGCCCGGUCACUUAGUAUUUUUGGCAAUGAUGUGAAAGUCCCAUCUCUGUUGGAGUUCAAACACUUGCGUGUUUUGGGCUUUGAAUACUGCAAGCAAGUACAAGACCAUCAUCUUGCAGGUAUAGGCAAUUUGCAUCACCUGAAGUACUUGAGGCUCAAUCUAGUACAAAUUACAAAGGUUCCAGAAGAAAUUGGAAAACUACAGUAUUUAGAGACACUUGCCAUAAACUGUUUCUCACAAAAGGCUUUAAUUCCGUCGACCAUUUCUCAACAUGGACGAUUAGUCCAUUUCGUUGCUUAUGGUUGCAUCAUGCCUGAUGAAAUUGGAGGAACCGAGGCAUUGGAAGUGUUUGAAACUUCUCUUGAAAGUCACCAGUCAACAAUAUUUUUUGGGCGAGGAGUUGGUGAUCUAACAAACCUGAGGAAGCUGAGGUUGGAUUUCUCUAGUUAUGAGACACAGAGAGAGCUGGUAUGUUCGCUCCGCAAGCUGGUCAAAGCGAACCUUCACUUUCUAGACAUUAGUCUUGAUGGAGAACUAAACAAUUUGGUAGAGGAAUUAGAUCUCCCUGCUGAAUGCAGCCUUAAGGAACUUUGGCUUUGGGGCCAUUCGAUCUCAAAGGUGCCAAGAUGGAUAGGUUCACUUGUCAACCUCCAGAAAUUGAGCCUCAGGUUAUCAAGUCCCUGUCAGGAAGAUCUGGAGAUCCUGGGAGGCAUUCCCGAUCUGCGCUAUAUAUUUGUCCGUAAUGAACACUGUCCAUCCGCAGAGCAGCUUAAGGCUGCCAUGAAGGUUCUGAUGGAGGCACAUCCCAAGCAUCCCACGCUUGUAUGGCGGCAAGAAGGACCAACGGUAGAGAUUCCCCUGAUCCUUGGCGUAAACUUCUCGCUGGAGUGAUUCAGAUAUAGUGCAGUAUGUAGUGGGUUGGCGAAAUGGAAGACCAAGACGACUGGGGAAAGCCACCGAGCUGAAGUUCUAGUUGCGUCCCCAGAUUUGUAUCGCUUAUUUACAUUUAUCUGAAGCGAAAAAUGAGCUUGAAGUGCUACUAGACUACUGCCAAUGAUCAUUUGUGUUUUAUAUGAUGUUGCUCAUCGCUGUCUACUUGAGAACACGUUUGUGUAAUGUUUUAAAAUUUAAGUACAUGAACAUCACCGCUUGCUCUUCUAUAUUUGGAUUUUGCUGAAGAUUUGUAUUUUGUACC